AUGGCAACUAGGCUGCAAUUUGAGAACUCAUGUGAAGUUGGGGUGUUUUCCAAGCUGACGAAUGCAUACUGUCUGGUUGCCAUCGGAGGUUCUGAAAAUUUCUACAGUUUGUUUGAGGGUGAGUUAGUGGAUGUUAUUCCGGUGGUUAAAACCUCCAUUGGUGGGACUAGGAUAAUUGGACGACUUUGUGCCGGAAACAAAAAUGGGCUUCUUGUGCCUCACACAACUACCGACCAAG